GUACAGAGCGGAGGCCCCAGACCACUUGCCAGGAUGUGUAAGGGGCUCGCAGCGCUGCCCCAUUCCUGUCUGGAGAGGGCCAAGGAGAUCAAGAUCAAGUUGGGCACCCUCCUGCAGAAGCCCGACUCGGCUGUUGACCUCAUCAUUCCAUACAAUGAGAAGGCGCAGAAGCCAGCCAAGCCCCCGAAGCCCUCGCGGGACGAGGCUCUGCAGUGGCGUGACUCGCUGGACAAGCUCCUGCAGAAUGACCAUGCCCUUGCCAAUUUCAAAAGUUUCCUGCAGUCUGAGUUCAGUGAGGAGAACCUUGAGUUCUGGCUUGCCUGUGAGGACUACAAGAAGAUCCAGUCACCUGUCGAGAUGGCGGAGAGGGCAAAGCAAAUCUACCAGGAAUUCAUCCAAACGGAGGCUCCUAAGGAGGUGAACAUCGACCACUUCACCAAGGACCUCACGGUGAAGAACCUGGUGGAGCCUUCCCUGAGCAGCUUUGACUCUGCCCAGAAGAAAGUCCAUGCCCUGAUGGAGAAGGAUUCACUGCCUCGCUUCCUGCGCUCCGAGUUCUAUCAGGAGCUGGUCAAGUAGUGGCCUGGUCCUGAGCCAUGCCCUCCACCGUAGCCGGCCCUUUGCACACCCACCUACCCUCCAAGGCUUUGCUCACGGUGCGCAGCGAGGGCCAAGCGCUGCUCAUCCUGGCCCACUGCUUUGGAGUGGCUCUGCCUCUGCUCCAUUCUUAAUCAAGCUCUGCCUGAUUUCUGUUAGCCCCAGUCAGAUCAGAUGGUCCUGCCUCAGACACAUGUGCAAGACAAGAACAGGGUGUCAUCAAGUGUGGCCUAGAUAGCAGAUGGCCACCGGCACCAGCUGAGGAGUGUGGAAGGGAAGUCGGUUUCCAGGGACCUUAGUUAGUUACCCCUUUUUCAUUCCUGAAUUUGGUCAGAAGAGGUGGUAAGAGUCUUAUUGAUGUUUAAUUCUAAAGUGAAUUUAAAAUUCUGCUCUUUCCCUUCAAGCAUCUUCAUAUUUGCUGGAUAGUGUUGAGAUACAACCACAAAUAUGUGUUUGUAUAAAACCAAUCCAAAUAUGAUUCAGGCUAAUUCUGUCCUUAUCCCUCCCUCACUUCCUCCCU